CCCUGUGGCACCUGGAAUUAGAACUACUCUCAGGUAUGUGCUCAUAACUGCUUCCCAAGGGGCUGGACACUCAUGCUUUAGUGACUGAACUUGGCUUAGAGAGCGUGAGAGGGUGCAGCGGUGGUACAGCUGGUCACUGAGCCGGGCACCAUAACAACAGCUCAAGGGCAUCAAGAUCUCCAGCUGUAUAAAGUAGAAUCGCACCAAACUCAAGCCACCUUUUCUAGACAAGCAGAAAUGGCGUUUCUGUGGGUGGCCAUCUGCCUGGCUCUCCUUGGUAGCUCUUAUGGCUGUGGGAUCCCAGCCAUUAGGCCUGCUAUCAACUUUUCCCAGAGGAUUGUGAACGGAGAGAACGCAAUGCCUGGCUCCUGGCCCUGGCAAGUGUCCUUGAAGGAAAGAAGCAAUGGAGUUCACUUCUGUGGCGGGUCCCUCAUCAACCAGUACUGGGUGGUCACAGCUGCCCACUGCAACGUGAGCCCAAACCGCCACAUUGUCGUCCUUGGACAAUAUGACUUGACAUCCAACUUUGAGCCCAUUCAGGUCAAGACCAUCUCCAUGGCCAUCACCCACCAAGGCUGGAACCCCAACACCAUGAACAAUGACAUCACCCUACUGAAACUCUCCUCCCCCGCCCAGCUGACCCCCGGCGUCUCCCCCGUCUGCCUGGCCUCCCCGAAUGAGGUCCUCCCCCAGGGGCCUACCUGUGUCAGCACAGGUUGGGGUCGCAUCAGUGGCGAAGAUAACAUCGUCCCCCCUCUCCUGCAGCAGGUGGUUCUGCCCCUGGUAACCGUGAACCAGUGCAAGGCAUACUGGGGGAAUCGCAUCACUGACUCCAUGAUCUGUGCUGGUGGCCAAGGAUCCUCCUCCUGCCAGGGUGACUCUGGUGGCCCCCUCGUGUACCUGAAGGGGAACUCGUGGGUCCUCAUCGGAAUAGUCUCCUGGGGAACCAACAACUGUGAUGUGAGUUCACCUGCCAUGUACACCCGUGUCAGCAAGUUCAGUACCUGGAUCAACCAGGUUGUGGCCAGCAACUGAGGAGCCCUGUCUCUGGACUGGAGGGCAGCAACUGCUCAGUGAGCCAGGAAGACAAAGUCAGGCCAGGGGAGCCCCCGCUCCCCCCGCCCACCUCCAUCAGGCUUUACUUCACUGCGGCAGCCCUUUUUGUCCUCGCUUAUCUCUGUAGUGUAAUAAACUCGCAAUAUCCUCUGA